UCCGCUUCCUCGCUUCCUAUAAAUGUCCCCUACUCCCCAACUACACACACCUUCAUCUGUCAUUUAUAAAUUGCUGCUCGUCUCUCUCUCUAGCUACUCCUUUAUUCCUUUCCUAGUUUCUCUCUCUUAGGGUUUUCAUCACUCCUCUUUGUCUCUCUCUCUCUCACUUGAGAAAUGGCGCAAGAGGUGCAGAACGGUGCUGGAGCUGACAACGGCUCGAAGGGAGAGGUGGCCUUUGCGGUGGUCAAGCCGUGGUUGGUGGUGGAGGCGCCUAAGGCGAACGACGCCGUUCAAUUCUACAAGGCGGCGUUCGGAGCCGAGGAGGUGAGCAGCGUGAAUCAUCCCAAGAGGAAGGCGGAGCAAGAGAUCCCUCUCGUUCUCUCAGCCGAGCUCAAGCUUGGGACCUCUGUUAUUGUUGUCUCUGACCUCACUGAUGACGCCUCUGCUCUGGUAAAAUCUGUUGUGACCGGAAGUGUGUUCUGCCUGGAGACUGGUGAUGUUGAAGCUGCCGUCUCCAAAGCAGUGGCUGCCGGUGCUGUUGCCGAAGGCGAGAUCGCUGAGGGUGAAGGCGCGUGCGGUGGGCGCGUGGGGAAGGUGAAGGACCCUUACGGCAACGUCUGGCUCAUCUGCGCCCCGUCCAAGAAGUGUGAUGACGUGGCAGCUUAACAGCCCUCGAUAUCGACUGCAGCAUCCCCACUGUCCUCUAAUUACUCUCCAGUACCUGUUGCUUUCUGUUUUGUACUUAAAUCAACUCAUAUUGACUUUUCCGAUCGAAAGAACAAAUUAACUAUUUUGGCUAUUGUCUUUGGCGUUGAUUAGUCGAUGUGAACAGUCAAAUCUAGGCGACUCUGCUAAUUAAAUUUCUUUUGCGUUUUUUAUUUUGAAAAAAUUGAAAUCGAACUCGUUUGCCUCGUUAGAUGGUGUGUUUUAGUUUUGUUUGGUGUUUGUGAUUAUGUUUGUGGAAAAAUGCGAUUCUCGUGAAUAGAGUUUUGGUUCUCUCUUUAAUUAUUAAAUAGUACAUUAGACAUUGAUAAUCGUGAACCUUUAAUUC